UUCCUCCAGACUAAGCAAACUCAGCAAAUAAUUCAAAUCCAAAUUCUCGGUUGGAAGUCGACUGGUGCAUGUGAGAACCUCAAGAUUGUAACUGACGUCAAUGAGGAGGUUAUAAAGGUUCAAAGGAGGACUGGAAACAAGGCGAUUGUGGUCCACUGCAGUGACACUGCGACCCGCUCUGGUAUGUACUGCUCUGUAGCUACUACCAUUGACCGUUGCAAGACAGAGGGAGUGGUGGAUGUGUUCCAGGUGGUCAAGGCUCUCAGGGUCCACAAGCCAGGGGCAGUACCCUCAGUCGACAACUACAAGGAUGUUUUCGAGGCCUUGUUGGUCUACUUGGACUCAGUCCUUCGAUACUUACGCAAACUUUCUCUAAAACUAAAACUUUUAAUGUGAAUGUGAGUGCAUUUUUUAUUGUUGUUUUUGAAGUUAGACUUCUAGAAAAUAAGAUUUUAGUUUUUGUAUUAUUUUUAAAAAUUGUUCUGUCUGAAAA